UUCAAUCGUUGUCUUGUGAUUUGUCUUCUUGUUUUUAAUAAGAUUUUCUUUAAAAUUAAACUGCAAUGUGGUGUAAAUGUAAAAUAUUUUGUGACUUGUAUUGUUAAUUGAUAUGUAUUUCAUACGUGUACAUUCGUGUGUUUAACUUUCAUUAGUGUAUUUUAUCAUGUGUGGCAAAGGUAUCAAGACAAGAAUGAAACAUACUUUUGCUUUGUAAUAGACAGGAAUAAACGUAACAAACAGAAAGAUGGAACACUCCGAUCUAGUAGCCGAGAUGGCUCAGGUUGAACACAUGACCACUCAGGAGCGGCUACACUUAGCUAGAAGACGUCGUAUUAAUCAACUGAAGAUAUGGCAGCAACGGGAGAAGGAGUGGGCGCGCUCGAGGCCCAAACGGGAGAAGAGCACGAAACGUAACAUAUACUUCAAUGACAGCGUUAUGUUGCUAGAAGCCGCUGCGAGGAAUGAUAUCGAUGAAGUGCGACGGCUACUUGCGCGAGGUGUUACGCCGGACGCAACGAACGAAGAUGGCCUCACAGCGCUUCACCAAUGCUGCAUCGACAACAACGAAGCGAUGAUGCGGCUCCUACUCGACAACGGUGCUAAUGUCAACGCCGAAGAUAGCGAAAAAUGGACGCCCCUCCACGCGGCAGCUACCUGCGGAAACCUGAACCUUGUCCGGAUACUAAUACAAAGAGGGGCCAAUUUAUUAGCGGUCAACGGAGAUGGAAAUAUGCCAUACGACAUAUGUGAAGAAGAAAGGACGUUAGAUGCGAUCGAGAGCGAAAUGGCAGCUAGGGGAGUAACACAGAGGUUAAUAGACGAGACACGAGCGGCGACCGAAAUGAAGAUGUUGAUGGAUGUGGCAGAGCUAGUGAAGGAAGGAAUGGAUUUGGACGAGCCGAGGGAUAAUCAGGGAGCUACUUUAUUGCACAUAGCGUCAGCGAAUGGGUACAUGAAGGUGGUAGAGUUCCUGUUGGAGCACCGCGCCUCUACCGACGUCGUCGACCACGACAUGUGGCAGCCAGUGCACGCCGCCGCAUGCUGGGGACAUUUAGAAGUAUUAGAAUUAUUAGUACAAUAUAAUGCCGAUCUCAACGUAAGAAAUAAGCACGAUGAAACGCCAGCAGAUAUAUGCGAGGAGGGUGAGAUGCGCGGGCGCAUUUUACGGCUGGCGGUGGAACAAGAGGAGAGACGGCGGCGGCCAUCCGACCGCGCAGCCGCCGCCAGGCGCUCCUCGUCCACCGCCAGCACCAGCAGGGUACGUUCAGUACGAAGAACAUCGUUGCGAGAGAAACAGUUGGCGGCAAAAGCGGAUGCCAGAGGCGAAGCAAGACUUCGGGAGACUUUCGACUCUGCGGUGGACGAUGAAUUGCAGGGUUUGACAAAUGGUGUGGAGAAUGACCAGAACACGGCAAAUCAAUUACAACCCGACGAUUUGCCGCAUCAGCGUUUAUCUGCUGGCUCUGCGGCGUCCAACCAAAGUUACGAUUCGAAUGUAGAUUAUGCGGUGCCUAAACAUUCCUACAAUCAACGGCCAAGUAAAAAUAGCGAUAUUUACGAAACAAAUGAUAACAGUGUAUCGUAUAUCCCGCCGAAGAUGUCAAAUCCCUUAUUCGGCGUUAAUGCGGCGUCCAAUUAUGAGCCUGGUUCAGUACCAAUACCGCAACUUGAUAAUGGGAACGACCAAAGUAAAUACUAUGAGAGAAAUUUACCUAAUGGUGUCCGUAAAGCGCCUGAAGGACAAGAUAACGACUUGUACAAGUCGGAGGACGUUUUAGACUGUAGGAAAGAGGUGAUAGUGAACCCCAACCAAAUCGCGAUCACAGAGGCCGGCACCGCGACCUACACCACAGACAAUAAUGGUAAAAUCAAUGUUCAUGUCACCGUCAUGAUUAAUGCAGGCACUCUUGCAGACUUGAAGAAGCAACGAGCACAAAUAAGAACGAACGGCAGUCCGGUGGAGAGCAGUGUCACCUCAAACAAUCACAGUAUGAACUCAAUACCGGAGGUAACAAAGGAUAUGCCGGUGCAACUGAACCCGCUCAGCAUGUCUUCGAGUUCGGCGUCAGUGACCCGUUUCUCAGGACAUACUAGUGAUGUAGUUGGUGAUUCCAGGUCGCAAAGGUGCUGUAUUAUUAUGUAAAUUAUAUACAGAUACAAAUACAUAAAGUAGUAAUUUUUAUUGA